AAAAAAUCCUACUUUAAACUUAACUAAACCAGUUUAAUUUUUUCUCUUCUUCUUUUCUUUUUCUCCUUCUCUUUUUCUUCUCAAAGCCAAUCAGUUGCAUACACAACCCAACUCUUUCAAUCGCUCCACUUAUUUGUUUUCCUUUCUCCAAAACCUAGUAAAGACUCGUUAUUGUUGGUAAUGGAGGACACAAAUAGCAAUAACAUAGCAAAUAAUGUGGCUCGGGCCAUUGUUGCAGCUCUUGAUUGGAACUCUUCUCCUGAUGCUCGCAAAGCCGCCGUCUCUUUUCUUGAUUCCAUCAAAACUGGAGAAGUACAAGUUUUGGCAAAUAUCUCGUUCCUUCUUGUCAAAAAGGAUUGGUCUUCCGAAAUACGGUUGCAUGCUUUCAAAAUGCUGCAGCAUUUGGUCCGGUUGCGAUGGGAGGAAUUAAGCCCAAUGGAGCGCAGGAAUUUUGCAAAUGUUGCUUUCGCAUUGAUGUCUGAGAUUGCAAAUUCUUCGGAGGAAUGGGCUCUGAAAAGUCAGACUGCUGCCUUAGUUGCUGAGAUUGUUAGAAGAGAAGGUGUAGAACUGUGGCAGGAGCUACUUCCAUCUCUUGUUUCCUUGUCUGGCCAGGGUGCUGUUCAAGCUGAAUUGGUUUCAAUGAUGCUGAGAUGGCUUCCUGAAGAUAUUACAGUUCACAAUGAGGAUUUAGAAGGUGAUCGGCGCAGGCUUCUAUUACGGGCGCUUACUCAAUCCUUGCCUGAUAUUUUGCCUUUACUAUACUCAUUACUGGAAAGACACUUUGGAGCUGCAUUACAUGAAGCUGGUAAGCAACAACUGGAUGCUGCGAAACAGCAUGCUGCCACAGUAACAGCUACUCUUAAUGCUGUCAAUGCAUAUGCUGAAUGGGCUCCUUUGCCUGAUCUAGCGAAAUAUGGAAUUAUUCAUGGGUGUGGUUUUUUACUUUCUUCUGCUGAUUUUCGUCUUCAUGCUUGUGAGUUUUUCAGACUUGUCUCUCCAAGGAGGAGACCUGUUGAUGCCUCUGCUUCUGAAUUUGAUUCUGCAAUGAAUAAUAUCUUUCAGAUCUUGAUGAAUGUCUCCAGAGAAUUUUUGUACAAAUCUGGGUCCAGUGCUGGGGCUAUAGAUGAGAAUGAGUUUGAGUUCGCCGAAUAUGUAUGUGAGAGUAUGGUGUCUUUGGGUUCUUCCAACUUGCAAUGCAUUUCUGGUGAUAGCAAUAUGCUCUGUCUUUAUUUGCAACAGAUGCUGGGAUUUUUCCGACACUAUAAGCUAGCUCUUCAUUAUCAAUCCCUGCCCUUUUGGUUGGCACUAAUGAGAGAUUCAUUAAUGUCCAAGCCAAAAGUUGUUGCACUUUCAUCUGGAGAUGGUUCUGCUGUUAAUAGCUUGGGACCUGGUACUGGGCAGGUUGAUAAUGAAAAAGCAAAGAUUUUAGGUCUAAUGGGUGAUGAGAUUUAUAGUGAAAUCUUGGAUAUCACUUUCCUCCGCAUGCUUAAAAGAGAAAAAGUGUUUCCUGGGACGUCCCUUUCUCUUGGGGUGUUGGAGUUAUGGAGUGAUGAUUUUGAAGGCAAGGGUGAUUUUAGCCAAUACCGUUUCAAGCUGUCUGAGUUGAUGAAGUUUGUUGCUUCAUUUAAGCCCCUAAUAGCUGGUACUAAAAUUUCUGAAAGAAUUUUUUCAAUCAUCAACAGCAUCUUGAUUUCACCAGCGCCUAUUCAGGAAUUAGCUGUGAUGGAAAGCACGCAAGUGGCUCUUGAAAAUGUUGUAAAUGCAAUUUUUGAUGGAUCACAUGAAUUUGCAGGCGGGAGUUCUGAAGUUCACCUUGCCUUGUGUAGAAUAUUUGAAGGUUUACUUCAACGACUUCUUCCUUUGAAAUGGACGGAGCCAGCUCUUGUACAAGUCCUUGGGCACUAUUUAGAUGCAUUGGGUCCCUUUUUGAAAUAUUUCCCAGAUGCUGCGGGCAGCGUUGUCAAUAAACUGUUCGAGCUUCUGAAUUCACUUCCAUUUGUUGUUAAGGAUCCUGCUACAAGUACUGCACGGCAUGCAAGGCUGCAAAUUUGUACAUCAUUCAUUCGGAUAGCCAAAGCUGCUGACAGAAGCAUUCUGCCUCACAUGAAGGGUAUAGCUGAUACUAUGGCAUAUAUGCAACGAGAAGGUUGUCUGCAUCGUAGCGAACAUAAUCUUUUAGGCGAAGCAUUUCUUGUCAUGGCUUCUGCUGCUGGGAUUCAACAGCAGCAAGAAGUUUUGGCCUGGUUACUUGAACCUUUGAGCCAACAAUGGAUGCAACUGGAGUGGCAAACUAGUUAUUUGUCUGAACCACUGGGUCUGGUUCGUUUGUGUUCUGAGACCCAAUUUAUGUGGUCAAUUUUCCACACUGUGACAUUCUUUGAGAAGGCACUGAAAAGGAGUGGAACCAGAAAGGGGAUUUUGAAUUCACAAAACAGCUCAACAGCAAGUACUCCUUUGCAUCCAAUGGCUUCACAUCUAUCCUGGAUGCUGCCUCCUCUCCUGAAAUUGCUUCGUGCAAUACAUUCUCUUUGGUCUCCAUCCAUAUCUCAAGGACUACCUGGGGAACUGAAAGCUGCUAUGACCAUGAGCGAUUUUGAGCGAUAUGCACUUCUUGGGGAGGGGAAUUUUAAAUUGCCCAAGGGUGCUUUAACUUUUGCAGAUGGAUCUCAGAUUGACAUGAGUAAGGAAGGCUAUGCAGAAACUAAUGAAUCUGAUAUACGAAAUUGGUUGAAAGGCAUCAGAGAUAGUGGGUACAAUGUCUUGGGCCUAUCUAUGACCAUUGGAGAUCCAUUUUUUAAAUGUUUGGAUGUUCAUUCUGUUGGGGUAGCACUAAUGGAAAACAUACAGUCCAUGGAGUUCAGGCAUAUAAGACAGCUUGUCCACUCAGUUCUGAUAUAUUUGGUCAAAUUUUGUCCUUCAGAGAUGUGGGAAGUCUGGCUGGAAAAGCUCCUAUACCCAUUAUUUCUCCAUGUUCAGCAAGUUCUCAACUUUUCUUGGUCAAGUCUUUUGCACGAAGGUAAAGCAAAGGUUCCAGAUGUCCAUGGCAUGCUUCCAGGGUCAGACAUGAAAGUGGAAGUGAUGGAGGAGAAACUGCUUCGAGAUCUAACUCGUGAGACUUGCUUACUUCUCUCUGCUAUAGCUUCACCAGGAUUAAAUAUGGGACUUCCUUCUUUAGAACAAUCUGGGCACAUCAGCCGUGGUGAUACAUCUUCACUAAAGGACCUGGAAGCAUUUGCAUCGAACUCCAUGGUUGGUUUCCUUUUGAAGCACAAAAGCCUGGCGCUUCCUGCAUUGCAGAUUUGUUUAGAAGCUUUCACAUGGACGGAUGGUGAAACAGUGACAAAAGUUUCUUCAUUUUGUGCUACCGUAAUUCAUCUAGCUAUAUUAACAAAUAAUGUUGAACUUCGAGAAUUUGUUUCAAAAGAUUUGUUCUUUGCAAUAGUCAAAGGCUUGGAGCUCGAGUCAUAUGCAGUUAUCAGUGCAGAACUUGUUGGUCUCUGUCGAGAAAUAUUCAUCUAUCUUCGUGAUAGAGAUCCAGCCCCAAGACAGGUCCUACUCUCUCUCCCUUGUAUAACACCCCAAGAUUUGGUUGCGUUUGAAGAAGCUUUGACAAAGACAUCUAGUCCUAAGGAACAGAAGCAGCACCUCAAAAGCUUGCUUUUAUUAGCCAGUGGAAACAAGUUAAAAGCACUUGCUGCUCAAAAAAGUGUAAAUGUAAUCACAAACGUUACAGUGAGACCUCGGGGCUCAGUUACUGCUUCAGAAACCAGAAUUGACGAGGGGGAUUAUGUGGGCUUGGCCGCCAUUAUGUGAGAUAGUUGCAGAAUUGAUGUACAGAUAAAAAGUCGAAGAGAAAAAAGAUCUGUUUUGACAAACAUACUAUACUAGAAGGCCAGUUUUAUUUGCCUCUAUAGUUACAUGUAGAUUAGCAAAACCAAUUGUUUCACACAGCUGACACAGGAGCCUGUAGAAUAUCUAACAUCCCAUGGUAUAUACCAUUAUCUUAUGCUUUUGCCCUUUUUUUGGCAAUUUUUUUUUCUUAGCUUCCAUGGCGGCUUUUGAAGCCACGCUUGUAUUUUACCCUCCAAAUUUGUCGCUUCAAUAUUAUACUAUUGUUUUUUUAACAAA